AGUUAUAGAAAAAUAUAUCAAUGUCAGAAGUUAAAAGAACCCUCAGAAUCACAACAGAGCAAUAUAUCUUGAAGGAUGUACCUCCUGUUGAAAACUAUCCUAUGAGAUCAUGGUCGAUUCAGAUUUCAAUGUUGGACCAAUCGGGCCAUGAAAUACCUGCCAAUAUCUUGGACAAGGUUACAUAUAGUUUACAUCCAACAUUUGCCAAUCCAAUGAGAACCAUAAAGUCACACCCAUUUAGAGUAGAAGAACAAGGUUGGGGUGAGUUUGAUAUUCCUAUUGCUGUUCAUUUAGUCGGUUUGCCAGGCAAACUGGGAGAAAGAAAAUUCAAUCAUGAUUUGAAUUUCUUACUGGAAAAGUAUGUUGUUGAUCAUACUAUUUCUAUCCCUACAAACAAAUCUCAAGCUUUAUCUAAACUUUUAUUAGAAAGUGGUUCUGUUCCUGGAGGACUUGAUGGAAUUGCCGAAAAUAAGCGUAGAAAUGAUGAUGUAUCUGGUGGUUCAAAAGUUAAGAAGUCCAAAAAUGGAUCUAGUGUAUCAGUAAAGGGAGUGGUUGAUUUGGAAAAAUUAUCAAAUGGGUUAACAAAACUUACUGAAGAUGACUUAAUUGUUAUUGUACAAAUGGUGACAGACAACAGAACGAAUGAUAUGAACAUAAAAAAUGAUGUGGAUAAUGGUGAAUUUACCAUGGACUUGUUCACUCUACCAGAAUCUUUAUUGAAGAGUUUGUGGGAAUAUGUGAAAAAGCACACAAAUGAAGCUUAA